UGGUGACAACUGUUUUUGAAAUUACAGAUUUUUCAGGAUCUGAAGAGCAAAUCCAGAACUUUUCAACUGCCGGCCUUAAUUGUUCGCUUCCAGCCCAAGAUGAAGUCAGUCCAGUUUUGUUUCCUUUUCUGUUGCUGGAAAGCAGUCUGCUGCAAUAGCUGUGAGCUGACCAACAUCACCAUCGCCGUGGAGAAGGAGGAAUGUGGCUUCUGCAUAAGCAUCAACACCACCUGGUGUGCGGGCUACUGCUACACCCGGGACCUGGUGUACAAGGACCCAGCCCGGCCCAACAUCCAGAAAACAUGCACCUUCAAGGAGCUGGUGUACGAGACAGUGAAAGUGCCUGGCUGUGCUCACCACGCGGACUCCCUGUACACGUACCCGGUGGCCACUGCAUGUCACUGUGGCAAAUGUAACAGCGACAGCACUGACUGCACCGUGCGAGGUCUGGGGCCCAGCUACUGCUCCUUCGGUGACAUGAAGGAAUAAAGAACGCUGACAUUGUGGGCUGCCUGCCCUUGUCCUGAAGGACCAAGAUACCCAAAAUGUCUGUGUGUGUCCCAUGUGCUCAGGUUGCAAACAGCUGUGGGAGACCCUGCUGACCUCUGCUCUCCUGGCAGAGCGGGAGCUGCAGGAACUGAGGGCAGGAGCGGGAGCCUGUCACCACUUAACCCUGUGUCCUAGGCCUGGCUCCACAAGUUUUAUUCAAUCUUACUUUACGUGACUGCUUUCCUGCUUUAUAAUCUUAGAAAUCCUCUCAGGCAAUCCUCUCCUCUUAGAGAUGGGGGUACGUAGGCUCAGAGGGGUGACAUGAGAGGCUAGUGGUUGAAGGUAAGAGCUGCAGCAUUGUUGUGCUGGACUCUUGAGCCCUCAAGAGCUAGCAUCCUCUUCAUGACUGUAGCCUCAAUGCCUAGCACCGUGCCUGGAUUUUAGUAAGAAACUCAACAGCGGCUUCCUUAAGGGAAGUAAGAUUGAAAGGCAGGCGUAGGAAAACUCUGUGAGAGGAUGUUUGCGGCUGGUUGCCCUCAGCAACGCCAGCCAGUCCAAGAAGUGGAGGCCUCAGUUCCCCCUCGGCUCUCCUCUGUCACUCGGAGUACGGAGACAGGGUGCUUCUCUCUGAACUGCUCGGUGCAGACGGAAGUUAAGAUUUCCCAGCUAUUACCAUCACGCCCUUUGGUUAAGGGCAAAAGCUAGCAAUGUUAAUGUGGGCCUGUGGAAAUUAGCCCACAUCUAGUCUAUCAUUAAACAAAUUGAAUAAACGCUGUCAGGCUCCUGCAAAACCCUUUGGGAAGCAGAAAAAACUGUCACCCUGCGCCCCAAGCUUGGAUCCACUCCUUUGGAGAGAGUUUGAUUUGAAAAAGGUUUGAAAGCAAUUAUGACAACUUAAUAAGCACAUUUACAUUUAUCCACAAUAUAUUUGUGUAAAGAAAUAGCUCCUUUAGAAAGAAUUAGCCAUGAGAGGAAAAAAAAAACCUGCUGUUUUCUAGAAUCCUCUCUGUAUCAGUCUUCUUUUUUGUCUGUCCAUGUUCUCCGAAAUCUGUGAUUUCUCUCAAGAGGGUAUAUACUGAAACUAUUUCACGAGUUGAUUUCUUUUAAAGAUUUACCCUUCCUGCUUAUGCACUUGUUUCACACUCAUAUUGUUUAACUAAUGUAUUUAAAUCUUGUUUUUUAAUAACGAUGCUAGCCACCAGAAGGAAUUUUUUCGCGUACAAGCAGGUGACUUACAUGUGUGUAUUUUUAUAACAUUUGUAGAAAGAAUCUCAAAAUAUAAUUCCUAGUGUUUCUGUAAAUAUUACCUGUCUCCACCUUUGGAAAUAUUAAAAAUAAUUUGGAUUCAUUUCUAAAA